AUGGAACAUAGAAGAUUGCGCAAAGGGCCGCUGCCUGGAGGUCGUCAGGGCGCGUCUGGAGCUGGCGCUGGACGCGACAGCAUGCGAACCGCCAGCCGAGCGCGAGGUGCUGCACGACCACCCAGCAGCCCCUCGCAUCCAUCAUCCCCACCAGCUUGCUUGGUGUCGGCAGGGUCUUCGCAGGCCCAGCAAUCGGCACCCGCCACUGGUGGAGUACGCCGCAUGCGAUGGACCAUCAAUAUGAAUUCAAACGCAUUGCGGGCGUAUUUUAGGGCGAAAGGGGGAGAAAUUGGAGGUUUCGCGUAUCGGGCUAGGAUGCAUCGUCUUUUUACUGAGCUGGAGCCAUCUAUUACUGUCACCGAGCAAAACCUGGCAGACCGAGUUCGGUAUAUCUUACGCUCAAAUAUAUUUGAUGGCGCCGAACUCGAACGGCUACGACGUGAGGCUGUUCCCUCAUCAAAUGAAAACGCUACGACUGAGGGUGCGGUGCCACAAGUUGCAGAACAACCCGCACACGUGGAUGCCGCCGAGAAUACCCCAGUGGUUGCUGAUUCAAAUGAUGAUGGAACAUUCACCCAGGAACUAGAAAUAGAGCAAAUGAGGAGUACAUUGGAAGAGGCGAUUAUGGAAACGCGCAGUACGCCUCUCGAAAAUCGACCGCGACUUCCCCGCAUAGCCCUAAGCAAGCGGAAUCGGGCUGUCGUGAGGGCUCUGAACCCAAUGCUGGUGACCUAUUUGGAAGCCAGCCGGGACCUUUGCGAGACGGACUCAAUUCUCUUUGGCGCCGCACUGGCAGUCUGCCGUAUUAUAGGCGCCAAACUUUCCACGGCUGGACGCACUACUGGACAAAGUAGUGCUAUCCCAGCCUGGAGAACAAGAAUUGAAGAACGUAUCGCAAAGGCUAGGGCCCUCAUCGGCAGACUGAUAUGCUUCAGGUCAGGCAAUACCAGGCCAAGGAUUGUGCGCACCGUCAGGAUGGCGUUUGCUGGGACAAAUGUUAGUUUGUCCCAGCCGGAUAUAAUGCAAAAACUGACGGAGCGCAUAGACGACCUGAAGCAGAGAAUCGCUGCUUGGGGAAAGCGGAUUCGGCGAUAUACCGAGAGGUCGACACGGUUCAACCAGAAUCGUCUCUUCCAGAGUGAUCAGAAGAGGCUCUAUAAAUCAUUGGAGCGACCAAUGGUAAGUGGAACGGGCCCAGUACCGAAUCAGGCCGACACGGUCGCGUUCUGGCGCAGCCUGUGGUCAGAGCCCGUAAACCACAACGAGGGCCCUUGGACGGAAGUUGUGGCGAGUCAGUGUGCGGGUAUUACGCCCAUGGACCCCGUCACCAUAACGCCGGAUGACGUAGCUGAGGCGGUCCGUAGGGCCCCGAACUGGAAAAGUCCGGGACUCGACGGGCUGCAUCACUACUGGCUGAAGGGGUUCGUGGUGUGUCACACUGUGCUCGCCCGACAGUUUCAAGAGGUUCUCAACCAGAAGUCGCUCCCGAGCCUCUUCACUACUGGGAUCACCCAUUUGGUUCCUAAAGGCCAGGGUACCACAGACCCGAGCAAAUACCGCCCCAUCACGGCGAAAGGGGGAGAAAUUGGAGGUUUCGCGUAUCGGGCUAGGAUGCAUCGUCUUUUUACUGAGCUGGAGCCAUCUAUUACUGUCACCGAGCAAAACCUGGCAGACCGAGUUCGGUAUAUCUUACGCUCAAAUAUAUUUGAUGGCGCCGAACUCGAACGGCUACGACGUGAGGCUGUUCCCUCAUCAAAUGAAAACGCUACGACUGAGGGUGCGGUGCCACAAGUUGCAGAACAACCCGCACACGUGGAUGCCGCCGAGAAUACCCCAGUGGUUGCUGAUUCAAAUGAUGAUGGAACAUUCACCCAGGAACUAGAAAUAGAGCAAAUGAGGAGUACAUUGGAAGAGGCGAUUAUGGAAACGCGCAGUACGCCUCUCGAAAAUCGACCGCGACUUCCCCGCAUAGCCCUAAGCAAGCGGAAUCGGGCUGUCGUGAGGGCUCUGAACCCAAUGCUGGUGACCUAUUUGGAAGCCAGCCGGGACCUUUGCGAGACGGACUCAAUUCUCUUUGGCGCCGCACUGGCAGUCUGCCGUAUUAUAGGCGCCAAACUUUCCACGGCUGGACGCACUACUGGACAAAGUAGUGCUAUCCCAGCCUGGAGAACAAGAAUUGAAGAACGUAUCGCAAAGGCUAGGGCCCUCAUCGGCAGACUGAUAUGCUUCAGGUCAGGCAAUACCAGGCCAAGGAUUGUGCGCACCGUCAGGAUGGCGUUUGCUGGGACAAAUGUUAGUUUGUCCCAGCCGGAUAUAAUGCAAAAACUGACGGAGCGCAUAGACGACCUGAAGCAGAGAAUCGCUGCUUGGGGAAAGCGAAUUCGGCGAUAUACCGAGAGGUCGACACGGUUCAACCAGAAUCGUCUCUUCCAGAGUGAUCAGAAGAGGCUCUAUAAAUCAUUGGAGCGACCAAUGGUAAGUGGAACGGGCCCAGUACCGAAUCAGGCCGACACGGUCGCAUUCUGGCGCAGCCUGUGGUCAGAGCCCGUAAACCACAACGAGGGCCCUUGGACGGAAGUUGUGGCGAGUCAGUGUGCGGGUAUUACGCCCAUGGACCCCGUCACCAUAACGCCGGAUGACGUAGCUGAGGCGGUCCGUAGGGCCCCGAACUGGAAAAGUCCGGGACUCGACGGGCUGCAUCACUACUGGCUGAAGGGGUUCGUGGUGUGUCACACUGUGCUCGCCCGACAGUUUCAAGAGGUUCUCAACCAGAAGUCGCUCCCGAGCCUCUUCACUACUGGGAUCACCCAUUUGGUUCCUAAAGGCCAGGGGGACCUUGAAGUGGUAUUCGUAAAUAAUAAACAUAUUCGUGUGCAUGUCUGCGUUAGUCCGGCCGCCGUCAAGGGCAAGCCUUGCACUUUUGCCGCGAACAUCGAUAAUGCAUGCUAA